UCAGCUAUUGUCUAUUUAUUUUUUUGAAAUUUUUGUAUUGGUUUAGUUGACCUCCCAUCUCUAGUCAUUGACCUCUCAUUUCUAUUCCUACAUUAUAAUCCAAAAGUAUGAAUACAUAUAUAGAACCAUGCAUUAUUGAGAGCCAGAAAAGAUGACCUGACCAUCCUAACAAUUUUGAUCGUAUUCCAUAACGUUAGAACAAGACACAGAAACGUAUUUAAUUUGAUUAUAAUUCAAAUUUCCUAUCUAAACUCAAUCACCAUAACAUUUAAAAACCAAUUUGACUAACUUUGCAUUAGUUGGUAAAUAAUUGGUUUUAUCUAAAAACUUGAUCCAAUAUUUGGGCUUUAAUAAUCUUAAAAGCCCAUAUAAUUGCAAAACAACGGCCCAUAGAAAAGGGGAUAGUACUGAAUGGUGAGUGAAUCACGACGAACGAACGAAUCAACUGCCUUGGCUGCUUCUCCAAGCAAAAACAAAAAAAAAACAUAAACCUCUUUAAAUCCCUAGCGUCCCAACCCAUAAAGAAACAGAGCAAUCUUCGAAUCGAAUCCUUAAACCGAAAGAAUGGGUUUAACGAAUUUCAUACUGACGGUGGCUGGAGUAGGCGCCGUGGUGAUGCUAUUGAAGAGCGACGUCAAGCAAUCUGUCACCGUCUUGAGGCGCAACGUCAAACACAUCCGCCACUGGCUCGAAGAAGAAACCUCCGCCGCCUCCAAGGCAGCACAGUCGAUAAAACCAAAGGAAAUUGAAACCAAGGUUCCGGGGAAGGACAUUCCCAAAGAGAAGAAUUAGUUUGUCCACGAUGUUCUUUUUUUUUUUUGGUUACAAUUUGAUUUAUGACUAUGGUAUCAACACCAUUGUCUUCUUAAACUAAUUUUAGUCUGUGGAUUUUAGUUUUCUGUCUCAAUCUCACCUCUUAAACGUUUGAUCACUCUUGGAAAUGAAACACAAUAAUAUAAUCAUGUUUUUUUCAAUCUUGUUUUACAAUGACAUCAAUUUCCCAA